UAGACAGCAUACACCCAAGCUGGAUUAGAACCCAAGUUUCUGGAAUCUAAGGCCUACGCCUAUGCCCUCCCCUGGCCAGAGUUCCUAGGAAGAGAGAACUCAACCGCAGGGCAAGAACACUGUGGCACUGGGGACCCAGAGGGGAAGUGGUAACAGGGACGGAAGACCAGCUCUCCUCUCACUCACUCAUCUGCGAAAGUGUAAAAGCAAGAAAAACCAGGCUGGAGUUGCAGCUCUCUGGACCUACAUGGGGGUCCUAGCUGGGUCUCCAGAUCUCAAUACAAAAUAGCCAGGACAGGCUCCACAAGACCCUGGGGCCCCGAGGUUGACAAAUGACUUAACAGUCGUCUGCAGCCACGCUGUGCCAAGUGAGGAGAGGCAUAGGCACCAGCCAUUGCCACCCAGCAAACAUCUCUGCUGACUCUGAACGGGCCCAGUCUUCUGCAACAGCUCCAGUAGAAGACACCAAAGCCUGUCCAUGGCGGGAUGCCGGGAGAUGGAGAUGACCAACGGCUCCAAGGGUGGUUUGGAGUUCAACCCUAUGAAGGAGUACAUGAUCCUGAGCACUGCGCAGCAGAUAGCCGUGGCGGUUCUGUGUACCCUGAUGGGGCUGCUGAGCGCCCUGGAGAACAUGGCGGUGCUCUAUCUUAUUCUGUCCUCCCAUCGGCUCCGCCGGAAGCCCUCGUACCUACUCAUCAGCAGCUUAGCUGGAGCUGACUUCCUGGCCAGCGUGAUCUUUGCCUGCAACUUUGUCAUCUUCCAUGUCUUCCAUGGUGUCGACUCCAAGGCUGUCUUCCUGCUGAAGAUCGGCAGUGUGACCAUGACCUUCACAGCCUCUGUGGGCAGCCUGCUGCUGACUGCUGUUGACCGAUACUUAUGUCUGUGCUACCCGCCAACCUACAAAGCUCUAGUCACCCGUGGGAGGGCACUGGUGGCCCUUUGUGUCAUGUGGGUCCUCUCGGCAUUGAUCUCUUACCUGCCGCUCAUGGGGUGGACUUGUUGUCCUAGUCCCUGCUCUGAGCUUUUCCCUCUGAUCCCCAACGACUACCUACUGGGCUGGCUUCUAUUCAUUGCCAUCCUCUUUUCUGGCAUCAUCUAUACCUAUGGGUAUGUCCUCUGGAAAGCCCACCAGCAUGUAGCCAGCUUGGCCGAGCACCAGGACAGGCAGGUGCCUGGGAUAUCUCGGAUGCGACUAGAUGUGAGGUUAGCCAAGACUCUGGGCCUGGUCCUGGCUGUGCUGCUCGUAUGCUGGUUUCCUGCACUGGCUCUCAUGGGCCACAGCCUGGUCACUACACUGAGUGACCGGGUCAAGGAGGCCUUCGCCUUCUGUUCCAUGCUGUGCCUUGUUAACUCUAUGGUCAAUCCUAUCAUUUACGCCCUUCGGAGUGGAGAGAUCCGCUCUGCUGCGCAGCACUGCCUGAUAGGCUGGAAGAAGUAUCUACAGGGCCGUGGAUCUGAGGGGAAAGAAGAACCCCCAAGGUCCUCAGUUACUGAGACAGAGGCUGAUGUGAAAACCACCACGGGGCCAGGAUCCAGAACUCCAGGCUGCUCCAAUUGCUGAUACCACCCGUCUUUCUAUUGGAAACAGCCCAAGUCAGAAGUCAGUUCACUUCCUCAAGGGGAGAGGGAUCUUAGACCCUGAGUCUUUCUGAAGCCAGCUCUAGGCUACUGGAAACAGAACCCCUUUUUGCUAAGGAGUGCUGGUUUCAUGAGGAAGGUGGCCUGGUCAUGCCUACCUUAUACAGUCUGUGGAGAGGGGCCUGUAAGAAUGGCAGGCUCUGUUCACAUCAAAUCAGAAAACCCUCCUGACUCCAAAGACCUAGAGGCCAGAGGAGCCUCCAGAGAUGAUAAUAAAGGACUCAGGAGAUCUGUGAAGACAAGGGACCUGUUCUCCUGGAGUCUAGAGUACCCUAGCUGUGGGACCACUGCCCACAACUUCAUAGAUGUUCGUGUCUUCCGUGGUGAGGAUUCUAGACUGUCCUGCUGAAGACUGCUGGAGAGACCAGCUACUUCUGGUUCGUCGGUUGGGACUCUGUGGCUCCGGAGCUAUGUGAGGCUCCAUCUUCAGGCCACCCUUGCCCCUUGAGGGUCAGGAAUUAUGAUGUGCUGAGGACUAAGGACAUUUACUCACCUCCUUCAGACAAAGUCAGGGUCAGCUCAGGGUAUCCUGUUGAGAAAGGACCCUCCUGACAUCCUGAUAAGCCUUGAAAGUCAUUAUGACCUUGUGUCCUUAGGGACCCAGAGGAAGCUGGGUUCCCUGGAGGUACAGUCUUCAGAGAACUGUCUUCCUUGUGACAUUUUGCUGUGUCUCACAUAGCAGUAUCCCAGUCUAGUCUAGUUCCAGUAAAAACAAACAAACAAACUAA